UGUUUGAUUUUAAAAGUAUCAAAUUCACAUUUCAGGUUUUAGCAUAAAAUUUAUAAAAUUAACAUUAUCAAUAACAUAUUAUGUUAUAGUGAGACCGUUUCUUGAUAUGUGGGCAAUGUCACGCCGAAAAAACUGAAAUAAUCAGCAUAUCCGAAAGUCAACACCAGAAAGUUUUAUUUAUUUCUUUUUUCACAAUAAAUCUUUGAUUAUUUCAUGGCUUUUCCCACAACAAGUGCUCAGCAAGCAGACACAACCCGCAAGAUCCUCGAGGAGAUCCAAACCAAGAAGCAGCUGCUUGCCGGGGGGAUCAUAAAUCUGGGAAUCAACACUCAGAUGUCCACUCCUCAGUUACUUGGCCAGCCGACGACAGUGACACCCGACUUUCAGCUUGGCGUGGGUGGCGUAGCCGCCAAUGCCACGCCUACGGCCCGCGCUGCUUUUAAUCCAACGAGCUCUACAACUCUGGGCUUCUUUGUACCUCAGGAUUCGUAUUUUGGAAACAGUUUCCUACCCGUGCUGCCUCGCCUUGAACCGCUGCCGUCGUCAAUUGCCACGCCCCCCGCCACACCCAUUAACAACAAAUAAUCUCAUUACAUAAAUCCACAAUGGCGCGUUUGAAGCUAAAGAAGCUGGAGGAGUAUCUGCAGGGUGUCGAUGGUUUUGAGCAGCCUAAGAUCCUUUUGGAGCAGUAUCCAACGCCCCCUCACAUCGCUGCCUGCAUGAUACAUCAUAUGCAGUCUCAGCAUAAGGAUAUAGAGGGAAAAUUGGUGGGAGACCUAGGUUGUGGUUGUGGAAUGCUCAGCAUUGGGGCUACUUUCAUGGGCGCCCAACUCACAGUGGGUUUUGAGUUGGAUGGCGACGCGGUAGACACGUUUCGGGGUAAUGUCCAGGACAUGGAGCUACCCAAUGUGGACUGCGUGCGGUCGGAUGUCUUGCAGUUGGCUGGCAGCAAGUGGGAAAAAACUUUCGAUACUGUGGUCAUGAACCCGCCAUUUGGAACUAAACACAACGCCGGUAUGGAUAUGCGGUUUUUGGAGAUAGCUUUAAAAUUAGCCACUGGCGCAGUUUAUUCCCUGCACAAGACCUCUACACGUGCCUACAUUGAAAAAAAGGCCCUAGAGUGGGGUGCCCGAGCCUCGGUGGUCGCGGAACUUCGCUAUAACAUCGACGCUAGCUAUAAAUUUCACAAGCAGAAAUCUAAAGAUAUUGAGGUGGAUUUUUGGCGAUUCGAGAUCAGUAAGAAUUAAACGUACGCAUUGGCAAUUUUCAAAUUAUUUUUGUAUUUAAAAAUAUUGUGUUACUGAAAAUAGAACGAUUAUACAAAGUCUAAUUUAAUAAAGUUUACUCUACAUUGAAGACGA